AUGUUCUCCCUCGUGGUCAUUGCUGUGCUCUGCACCAGCUGCCUGGCAGCACCAUAUGAUUUUAGCUCCUUCUCUCUUCCUGUUGGAGGUAGCAGUGGUGAUGCCUUCUACACACAAGGAGACGGAAGGAUCAGUGGAAUUCGGGUCUGGGAAAAUCCAAAUUCUUACAUUACAGGCCUUCAGGUACGUUACGGUACCACUUGGUCGCCCACUAUUGGACGGGAAGUAGGAACGGCACAGGAACUGUUGUUACAAGGUCAUGAAGCAAUUACUCAGUAUUCCUUCAACAUGUUCCCUCAGUACCGAGGAGCAGUGCUCAAGACUCUGCAUGGACGCGUCAACAGUGCAGGGAUCACUUCUCUGGGAGCUCAGUGGGGAAUGUUCUACUUUUCCAACGCUUAUUUCCAUGAAUAA